CGACUUCCUCCCGGAGGGCGGCGUGAUUGGCCGGCAGAGUCACGCUGCAGCGCCGCUGGCAGGAAAGUUUACUGGGAGCGCAGGAGGAGGUCGAGUGCGUGCCGUCGUAGAGCCCGGGUGCAAAGUCCGUUUUCCGUGUCGGGUCUGGAUGCGAGUGGGGUCGGGGUGCAGCCGAGAUGCGAGACCGGACGAGAGAGCUGGGCGAUAAGGCGGAGAGUUCUGAUGAGGAGGAGGAAGGCAGACCUCUGAUGAUAAAGCCAGGAACAGGGAAAACAUCACAGAAAGCUGCCAAGGAUGAGAACGAUGAAUUUUUCCAGAAGGUGAGAGAGAUCCACGAGGGCCUGGCCGCUCUCACCAUGAAGGUCAACAGCCUGGAGGUCAAGCAGAGGACGAUACUGGGAGUGGCCCUGCCUGAGGAAAGUAUGAAGCGAGACCUGCAGGCGCUGAGGGACGAGAUCAAGAUGAGUGCCAGCCACAUUCAGAAGAAGCUGAAGAGUAUUGAACCCAAAAAGGAAGAGGAGGAUGGGAAGUAUGUGCCUGUCAACGUUAGGAUGCAGAGAACACAGCACGGGAUCCUGUCGCGGGAGUUUGUGGAGCUGAUGGGCAGGUGCAACGCCGUGCAGUCGCAGUACAGGGACCGCAACGUGGAGAGGAUCCAGCGCCAGCUGAAGAUCACUGGGACCAACGUGACGGACGAAGAGCUGGACCAGAUGCUGGAGAGUGGACAGACGGAUGUCUUCACACAAAAUAUCCUAAGGGACACACAUGCCACCAAGCAGGCCCUGAACGAGAUCGAGACUAGGCACGAGGAGAUCCUGAAGCUGGAGAGGAGUAUACGAGACCUACACGAGAUGUUCCAGUACCUGGCCAUGGAGGUGGAGGCCCAGGGCGAGAUGGUGAACCGCAUCGAGAGCAACAUCCUGCAGUCGUCCAACUACGUGGAGAAAGCCACGGCUGACACGGAGAAGGCCAAGGAGUACCACGUGAAAUCCCAGAAGAAGAAGCUGUGCAUCGCGGUGUGCGUGAUCGUCCUCAUCCUUGUCAUCAUCGCCAUCUUGGCCGGCACGUUCGCCAGCUGACGGAGGCCCUGCCUGCCUCACGCCUCCUCCUCCUGGUGCCUUCUCCCGUGCGAUCCUGCUUUCUGCGUCUUCAUCCCUGUGCAGUCCUCACCUGACUCGGAGGAACAAGUCGGCCCAGCACUGAGCAAAUUCCGGACCUGCGGAGGCGUCGUCCGCCCAGACUCCGUCGUCGCCUUGGCCCUCUUGUGGCUUGCCUGAGCCGCGACGAUAAUACCAUGGUCUUCACCCCCCCACGGCUGUUGGCGUGAGGGCGCGUGUGCGUGCGCGGAUGGGUGUGCGCUUGUCUGUCUGUGCGAGAGCAAGCCUCCGCGUCGUGUGUGCGGCCCCUUCCCAGCAGGCCCCGGCUCGGCAGACUGUGUUCCGUGUGCGUCUGGGGUCGGCGAUCGCGCCGGUGACCCACGCCCCUCCAGUCGCGCGGGAAUUUGAAAACAUAUGACCUACUUCGGAUUGGAACAGCAAAAGUGUCUGUUACGCGUUUGAAAUUAUUGCGAUUUAUUUUACUUUGUGUGCAGCUAUUUAUAGUGAACACAUUUUUGUGAGGCGGUUUUAAAAUAUUUCCACACAUUUUUCUUAACGGUUUAAUUAUCAGAUGUUACUGUAGUUGUCCCAGGAUUAACCCUUACAUUAACUGAGUUCUGGCAUGAUGGGAUGGGUGUGGCAAGGUGGCGCAGUGGUUGACGUUGCUGCCUGGCAGCGCUGGGGCCCUGGGUUCAAUUCCUGGGGUGCUGUCUGUGUGGAGUCUGCAUGCUCUCCCCAUGCUCCCAUGGGCUUCGGGUGCUCUGGUUUCUUCCUUGCACCUGUUGCUUGCUGGGAUAGACUGGCUCCCUCAUGACCCUGUACUGGAUGAAGCUGUCAGAACAUGGCUGGAUGGAUACUGUAAUUGGACUUCGGGGAAUAUUAGCAUUUCAGUCAUUUUAGUCUUAUUUAAAUACCUCUGUGUAUCAUUUAUGUUCUGCCAGUGAUGUUUAAAUUUGUUGCCUUAUUUGCUCUGCAGAAACGGGAUAUUUGAAUCUUGUUCAGUUUCUCAAAUUCUCAAAAAGAAUACAAAUUCUUCAGUAUUCCCUCAAGGAGAAGAGGCUCCCGUUUCCAGGCAUGAGGUGUGUGUGUGUGUGUGUCUGCUGUUCCGCUGUUCUGUGUGCGUGUCGUACGUGCGCCCCGGCCGUGCGUGCGCUCUGAAGCCGAAGGGUUUGAAAUGGGCGUCGUGUUGAGCUCCUCGGCGGUCUGUUAAGUCGUUUCGCACCGCCUGUGCCGACCUGACGCGGGAUGUGCCUCCUCGCAGGUCCCGAGCCGGCGCUCGAGCUCAGGACAGGGACGCGCUGGCGUCCGAGCACUGCCAGAUCAAAAUGAGCACCCACCCCCCCCCCCCCUUUACGACAUAGGUGGCCGGGUUCUAAAGGUAUUAGCGUCUGUGUCCUGCCCUACGUGGCAUGCAGCAUCCUCCUGCUGUGUUGGAGGCCUGGAGUGGAGAGCGGGCUCGGCUCUGAGCGUGUGGUUUGUGCCUCGUCCUUGAGGUGAAUUCUGUUUGCCGACACUUUCAUUGUACACUAAAAUAUAACCUGCUUAUACUGACAUUCAAGGUGUUUUUAUAAAAUAAAAUGUUAUUAAUAUUG